UAAAUUAGUUCUGGAUAAUUUAGCUUAGGUAACAAACGACCCCACUAUUUGACCUUUACCUAUUAAAAAGGGUGGUGGAAACAAAUUUGUGGCAGGCCUUGCUCUCUUCUGUUUUGUAGAGGAUUUUGCGAUUCUGUCAAUCUUGCGAGACUCCAUUAGUCAUCAGAUUCUUGAAGUUGAUCGGUUAUGGGAAAUAAGCCAGCAAAGACGGAGAGAGAUGAGGUGCUUUUGAAGAUUGUGCCUCCUAUAGAUCAUACGUAUGCUCGAUGGCUCGCUCGGGAUCUCGAGAGAAUUUAUGGCUUUACUCCAAGAAAUCCUUGUGCUAUAAGGCCACCCGAUCAUUACAUAGAAUACAUGCGGUUACAGGGAUGGUUGGAUGUCAGCUUAGAUGACCCUGACCUCGCUCGUUUACUUAAAUGAUCGAUAAACUUCAGUUUCUAAGAGCAUGUAAACUUGGACAAGUUUGAAUUUUGGCUUCAAGUUGAUGCUUAGUUUUUGUAUUGUUACAGUGAGAUUCAGAUGCUGAACAGUGGUAUCAAAUGGAAAUCUUGUCAAAUAUUUACUUGUAUGAUAGAGCUAUGUGACUUCA